AUGCCUCAGUCUUCGCUAACGGCGACGAGGCGAGGAAAAACGGCAAUGCAAAAGCGCAACCCGCCUGUUGCGGCCGUGCGAGAGUAUUUGAUGCCUUUUGGUGGGCCGGUGACGUGGCACGCGGUACCUCGGGCGGCGUGUUGCCAUUGCGCCGCUUCUGGCUCCGCGCGAGCCUUGACUGCGCCCACACCCAAGAGAAUAAUGACAGUUCACAGGAGGAAAGGCGGUCAGACCUUUCCCUCUGAUCCAGCGCGGGUAAUACCGGAUUCAAUGAGAAAAAAAGGUUUAACCUGGAGCGAGUCUUCAGGAAUGGGCGCAUUGGAUGAUGUGGUCCUUGCGCCACAAAGACAUUUUGCCCAUUCAUCUGUCAUGUCCCCCUCAUCAGCGAGUUUUCUUUCUGCGGGGUUUGUGCGGCUCACGUCGGAGGCUGCUGCCGUCCGUAUUGUGAACAGUGCUGUUGCUUCUGGCGUCAACGGUGGUGAUGAUGAAAGCAAUUCACGGUUGUCAUUGAGUCGGCGAGGUUUGUCGGUACACGCACCACCAUUUCAGCCGCGCACACCUACGGCUUUGAGUGCGCUGUCGUCAAGAAUUGAGGCUUCAGAAUUGGGGGAUUUGCUUUCUGGACAAAACGCCCAGCAGCAGGAGUUGAGUAGCAGCGGCGAUGUUGCCGUUGGCUGUCUCCAGUCUCAGAGGGUACGUACGUCAGGCUUGGAGUUUCCCCGCACCCCGCUGGUUAUAGAAUCGGCAGGAGUGUACGUACCCACAACUAUUGGUAGUGUUGCUGGUGGUAUCUUGCCUCAUGCAUCGUCUACGGCGUCGUUCUUUGGCGGUGACUCGUUGCAAUUAUCAUCUUCUUUGCCUCCAGUUUCCCCUUCCGUUUCCACACGACUCCAACAAAGACAUGUGCAUCACAGUAGCCUCAACGUUGCUGGUGGCAGUUCCGACACAGUUUUUUGUCUUUCUGAUAUGAAAGAAGAGAAUUCUUGUGACAAUGUUCGUCACCGCCGUGUCCCUUUUACUGAUGCCGAAGCGAUGGAUGAAGCAGCGAUGCUUCAUCAGCUUCGUGGCAGCAGUGGAAGCAGCACUGAUGUCGAUGAUGAUGACGACGAUGACGACGACGCCGUCUGCAUGGAACAGCUUCAACAUCUGCAGACAUUUGAUAUUACUACGACGCUUCCAAAGGAUGUUGAUGCCUGUCACUAUGCGGGGGGAUUUUGGGAUUUGGAGGGCCCUUCUGCCCAAACGCGACGUUUUUUGCUUAGGGGCACAUCGUCUACGGCUUCCCUCGCUUUAACAACGCACAGCAGCUGUGGUUCUCCUGCCUGUAACGUGGAGAAUGACGUUGUCAGGGACUGCAGGGGCGGAACUGGUUUUAAUGAUGAAGAUGAUGAUCUUUGGGAAAUGAACAGCAGCGCAUACGCGGAUAGUUUGGACGACGCACAGGUGGAGUGGAUCGAACAGCAGCUACAAGCAAAGGAGAACCCCGAUGAUUUUUUCUUCUAA